AAGAAGAGGUGUGACAAGUGUUAAUGCAGAACUACACACUAGACAGUGAAGUAUCAACCACAAUAGGCUGCACUACAGUUUAGGGUGAACAGGAUGCUCUCUCUGUGUUUGAUUCUCUCUGCAGUCUCUGCUAUAGGCACGGCAAAACCUGUACCAGAUGUUUACCAGUACUCUCUAAGUGUGGGGGGCGGCAGUGGUAGUGAAUUCUCCACGGCAAGUGAUGGUCGAAUCACAGCAAUCAGAGUAUGGGAAUACUCCGGCAACUAUAUCACGGGCAUUCAGCUGAGAUAUGAGAGUAACUGGACGGCAGUGUUUGGUUCACAAUAUGGAAACCCGCAAGAGAUGCAACUCUACGACAAAGAAAUCAUCAUCCAGGUCUCUGGGAAGCAUUCAGGCUACAUCUAUGAACUUGUGUUUGUCACAAAUCUGGGGAGAUCUUUCAAAGUGGGGGUGUCUAUUGGAUCCUCAUUCAACUUCUUCCCCAACAUGAAAGGAAGUCAACUGCGCUUUCUCAGCGGUCGACACGACGGAUGGGCCAUGACAUCUGUUGGGGCUCAUUGGGCAGUUAAAUAAACAGCUAAUCUAUUUUUUUGUUAGCAUGAUUGCUCAAUGGAAUGCUGUUGUUUGUACUUAACUGCUUGUGUCCUUUUAAUCACAUCUUUGCAUUAUUAUAUUCAUUAUAUGGUUUCAGCACUGAAAUAGUUAACUUUCUAUGUAUUUCUAGGUGGUUGGUCUUGUUUACAUCAGGCAAUUUCUAAUUAAACACGUAUAAACAUGUCAUUUGAAUGUUUUGUCUUUUUUACCCAUUAGAAAAAUGACAGCCUUUCUAACACAAAAACAUUCAUCACAAAAGUUUUAAUCAGUAAAUAGAUUUUCUAUUGUUUUAUGUAAUCGAGUGGCGGGAUGGUUUUCAUUUUGUAACAUUUAAAAAAAUAAAAAUGUGUAGUAUGA